AUGGCUCCAUUCAAGUCACUAGCUCUUGUUGCUUUGCUUGUUGGUAUCUCCUUGUCAGCUAUUAAUGUAUCAGAAGGCCGAGUUGCUAGGAAGGAUUUAGGUGUGGAUCUUGGGGGAAUUGGGGUUGGAGGAGGAGUAGGCCUGGGUAUAGGACUUGGAGGAAGCGGAAGUGGGUCCGGGGCAGGGUCAGGGUCAGGGUCAGGAUCUGGGUCCAGGGGAGGUAGUUCUUCUUCGAGUUCAGCCUCAUCGAGUGCUAGUUCGAGUUCAGGGUCAGGCGAUGCAGGCUCCGAGGCAGGGUCAUCUGCAGGGUCUCGGGCCUCGUCAGGGUCAGGGAGAGAUGCUCGAGGCGGUGGUGGUGGGCGAGGUGGGGGUUCGGGGUAUGGACGUGGGGAGGGUUCAGGCCGGGGCAGUGGUGAGGGUAACGGUGAGGGUCAUGGUGAAGGCCGUGGCUAUGGUGAGGGUUAUGGCAGUGGAGGCGGAAACUGA